AUGACUGAGUCGGGAUAUCCGCCACUGAUGUCAAAAGCUUGGGACGACCCCAGGCGCGAGACAAUGGCUUGCCUGCUCAACGAUGGUGACUUGGAGAUCAUGACUGGGAUGUCGAUGAUCUUCGAGGACUUGCAAUUGCGCAGCGCCAUCAUCAAGACGUCCACAGUCCCGUUGGAUCUCAAUGCUUUCAUCUACGAGAACAGCCCUCUCUACAUUAACAACCGGACAUUGGCCGACUUCAUGCUCGAGGCAUGUACGAACUUCCUACACAUCUUACGGCGUAUGAGAAGCAGGAUACGGAUGAAUAGAAAUGCGGCAAUCGAGUCUUCCGACCAGGGCGACGGGCUUGCCAGGCGUAGACAAGAUGACUCAACAUCGCACCUCUCCUCCGCCCUCUUCGUGGGCCUCACGAACAUCUUUCGUCGGCUCCUCUCUAUUCACGAGCUGAUACUUGAUCGCUUGACAGACAGGAUCGAGCGAAUCGAGAGCGACCCUGUCAUGACUAUUCCCGGUCUGUUAUCCGUGACGGGCGAGACGAGAUCCGCUUGCGCACAAGGUGCACUCUUCUGCAGUCUUUCAAUCACGCUUUUAGAGCAAAUGGAGGAGGUGCUGGGUGUCGCCGAGGAACCGGAGAAUGAAGAGCUUGGCAUCUUAUCGGCGGAGCAAGUCCAGACAUUAUGGGCAGUCGUGGACCAUAGCACAGGUGUUGCUCCGGGAUUCGGGAUCAUGCGGCCAGCCGAUAUCAAGAUGCUCCUAAGACAAUCUGUUACGGUCCUUCAUCGAUUGUCUACACAUCAAGCGAACCUAGUGUAG